UUUGCCAUCCCUUAUAUUAGAUGUAUGUAGAUACAGAUAUUUUCAUCCUGUUUUAGAAUUUUCAUUGGUCUGAGCUUUCCUGUUGUUUAAAAAACAUUGUAAGAAUAGUGUUGUAAGAAAUUACAGACUGCCUCAACCCAGAUUUCACUUCAAGCUAUAUGUCAGUUUGAGCUUAUGUCCAAAAUAUUAAACAUUAAAUAAUAUAGAGGUAGUUAUGUAAUAUGUGUAGAAAAUUUGGUUAAUAACCUUUGAUCAAUGUUUAGUAUAGGAGUGACAGCAGAGCAUCAAUAGUUUGAUGUCAUUAUUUUUCUCCGUGUCCAUCAUUAGUUUCAAAUGUUACCACCUGUGUAUAAUCCCAAACACUAUUAUUUUAAAUAGUAACCUUCUAAUAGGACACAAACAAUGCUAGAAAGGGGAUAAUUUUUUUUUUGCUCACGGAACCAGCAGUGGCAGCUUGGCAGUGUUGAGAUUUGAACACCUGAAGUACAUUGUCUUAAUAACUGAGCAACUACUACAACAACUAAACAUCUUAAUAGCAACUAAGGAAGGAAUAGUAAGAAGCAGCUAUGAACAAAUUUGUUCUGAAAUGUCUUCCAAUAUUUAAGCAAGGCCACACUAUAAACUGAAGUUUCACAUUUAACAGUCAGAUACCGCUGUUUGAAUUUUUAUUUACUUACAUUUUUUGAGUACACUUUACUGUGAUCGGAGGGAGAAGUUGUCAUGCUCUAGUUCCCAUAAUCACUUCUUGUUUGGAUCCUUAAAAAGAACUGUUGCUUCAAAUGGACACAGUCAUAUGCAGAGACAGACCAGUAAUACAGCUGCAUCAUGAGGGACAGCUUUGAGCCUACUGUGAAAUUAAAGCUGGUGAAUGCAAACAGCUCCAUGGCACAACCCCAGGGCAAACCACAGCAGAGAGAACAGUGGGCCAGUAAGAUGGAGUUUAUUCUGGCUGUUGCAGGACAUAUCGUUGGCCUGGGAAAUGUGUGGAGGUUUCCUUAUUUGUGUUACAAAAACGGAGGGGGAGCUUUCUUUGUGCCAUACAUACUGUUCCUAUUUUCCUGCGGCAUACCCCUCUUCUUCUUGGAGACAUCAUUGGGUCAGUACACGAGCCAGGGUGGCAUCACAUGCUGGAGGAAAAUUUGUCCUCUUUUUGAAGGACUGGGCUAUGGUAGCCAGAUUGUGAUUCUCUACACUGGAGUUUAUUACAUCAUUAUUCUGGCCUGGGCAUUUCUGUACCUAUUCUUCUCAUUCAGCUCAGAGCUCCCAUGGGCUAACUGUAAGAAUAGCUGGAACACAGAAUACUGCAUGGAAUUUAGCAAGAACAACAUUACCGAUAAUAUACCAGACAAAAUUACAUCCCCAGUUGUGGAGUUCUGGGAGAAGAGGAUUUUGGGUUUGUCGGGUGGCAUAGAAGAAAUUGGGAAUGUGAGGUGGGAGCUAGCUUUGUGUCUCCUGCUGGCCUGGACCAUCUGCUACUUCUGUGUGUUUAAUGGCGUGAAGUCUACAGGCAAGGUGGUCUAUUUCACUGCUACCUUCCCUUACUUGAUGCUGCUAGUGCUGUUGGUGCGUGGACUGACACUGCCUGGAGCAAUAGGUGGCAUUACCUUUUAUCUCUACCCAGAUCCUACUCGCCUCACAGACCCUCAGGUGUGGAUGGAUGCAGGAAGCCAGAUAUUUUACUCAUAUGGAGUUUGCACAGGGACUUUGACAGCUUUAGGAAGCUAUAAUAAAUAUGACAACAACUGUUACAAAGACUGUAUGUACUUGUGCCUGCUAAACAGUAUGACUAGCUUUGUGGCUGGAUUUGCCAUUUUUUCUGUUUUGGGCUUCAUGGCAGAUGAACAGGGAAUGGACAUUUCAAUGGUGGCAGAGUCAGGUCCUGGGCUGGCAUUUAUUGCUUACCCACGUGCAGUGGCUUUGAUGCCUCUUCCUCAGUUAUGGGCAGUUCUCUUCUUUGUUAUGAUCCUUUUCCUUGGACUAGACAGUGAGUUUGUAUAUCAUGAAGCCCUGGUAACAGCGAUUUCAGACAUGUACCCCUCAUUCUUCCAAAAUGGACACCGACGUAAAAUCCUACUUCUUCUAAUCUGUGUAGUCAGCUUUCUUUUGGGCCUGUUGAUGGUAACUGAGGGUGGACUGUAUGUCUUCCAGUUAUUUGAUUAUUACGCUUGCAGUGGAAUGACUUUGCUUGCCUUUGCCAUUCUUCAGUCCAUCUGUGUUGGAUGGGUUUAUGGUGCAGACAGUCUAUAUGACAACAUUGAAGAUAUGAUUGGUUAUCGUCCCUGGCCCCAUAUGAAGCUCUGCUGGAAAUAUAUAACCCCUAUUAUUUGCAUGGCAACAUUUGUAUUUUCCUUGGUAAAGUACACUCCACUGAAGCUGAAUAACCUAUAUGAGUACCCCUGGUGGGGUUACGCUCUUGGAGGCUUCUUCACACUCUCCUCCACCAUGCUGGUCCCGUUAUGGAUGGUGUAUGCAUUUUGCAAGACCCCGGGUUCAGUAAGUCAGAGAAUGAAAACACUGUGUACUCCAGCUGAAGAUCUGCCUAAUCCUAAACUAUCCAAAGGUGUCCUAACCUCUUGCACUUUUGAAACAUUUACACAUCUACAGACUUUGCGUGAACGCACUCCAGUUGAUGUAUAACCUUUCUGCAUUAUCAAAACACACACACUGCAACAGGUUUCCUAUCUCAGAUUAUUUUCAAUACCAAAACUGGCAAUAUCAUAAACAUUAAUCAUUCAGUAGGUGAGCAUUUAUUUAUUUGCGUUUAAACUGCUUCUCUUGUUUACCAUUUAAAUGAUAUAUUUGUAUAGAUAAAGUAUGUGAACAAAAGAGCAUAUAGUUGACCUAAUACUGACAUUGCAUUACAUUUCUAAUUUAAAAGGCUUUGUAAAAACUGUAAUUCAUCUGUUUGUUUAGUAUUAAUGAUUAUGUUUUGAACAAUGACUGCGUAUGAGCAUGGGUGGAUUUAUAUGAUUUUGCAGAACAGAUCCUUGAUUAUUUAUCCUUGAUGUUUUAAAUAAUUAUGUUUGUCAUAAUAUUUUAUAUGAGAAUUUUAAUACUUUUUGACUUUUGUCAGGUCAGUCUAUUUCUUUUUCUUAAACCUUUUGUUUAAAAGCUUGUUUUAAGCUUUCUCAGGUUUGCAAAUAAUAUUUUUAAGUGCCUCGGAAUUGGUGUAAAAAAUCAUUGUAUGGCAUUAACACACUUAUUUGCUACUGCUUAUGUAAAUUGCACUAAAAUUUUCCAAACUGUAAACAAUCAUUUGAUCAUGAUUUAAUCUUUAAACUUAAAUAAUUAAUUUGGACUUCAGGCAGAGUUUCCAAGUUCUUUAUUGUGCCCACAACUGUGAUUCAUUACUGUUUUAAUGGUCCCUUGUGGACUUCUUGUAAGUAGGCACUUACAGCACAAUGUGAGAAGUGUAUGGAUUCUUUUAGCCAAAGAACUGAAGGUAUAGUUAGUGUGCUUACUGAUAUAUAUGGUGUGUACUAUGUCAUUAUUUAAUCUAAGGCAUAUCUACUUGCUGCUUACUAGCCAGCUACUGUAGCAUGCCAAUUAUCUAGCAGAACUACAGUAAGUAUUAUAAAUAGUGCAGUGCAAUAGUUUCUCAUUUCAGGGGAAAUUGUUCCAUUUGAUGGACAAUUUAUAUUAUUGUCAAUUUCACAAGAUUUACUUGCCUUUAAGGCAUCAAAGUGAAGUGUAAAAUCUGUGCAAAGCUUGAGCACUGCAUGCUUAAUUUGUUCAAAUAAAAAAAAUCUUCUUGAACUUGGUAUCUAUUGAUGUAUAAUUAGGAUGGAUUAAGUACAUUUUAUCAUUUAAAAAAUGUGUAAAAAUGGCCCUUCUUUAAAGGCCAUAAGCCAAAAUGUUAUAACAAAAACAAAUUGUAUUAUAUUAAAAUGAAAGUUGCCAUGGUUCCCCUCAUUUAUGACUAAAGAAUGUUUAAAAAUCAAUAAACUGAAAACUAUGUUUCCUUA